UUUUAAUGUGUGCCAUUGUAUUAUUAUUUAAUUGUUCCCCAACAUUUUUAAUCAAACCGAAAUUUCUUUUAUGGACUUCAAUUAAAAAAAUCGAUUUUUCACAUAUCCGAACUCGAGGGUGGUAAUAAUUCAAUAAAACGAUAAAUAUGUUCUUUUCAUACUAAAAACAGAAGAACAUUUAACAAAAUGGCUGGCCAGCAACAACACUAUACCGUUGAGGUCGGCGACACCAAUUUUACGAUACUCAAUCGGUAUAUAAAUUUAAGACCCAUCGGGUCGGGAGCUCAAGGAAUAGUUUGUGCUGCCUAUGACACAGCUACUGAACAGAAUGUGGCCAUUAAGAAGUUAUCUCGACCAUUCCAAAAUGUGACCCAUGCUAAAAGAGCUUAUAGGGAAUUUAAGCUAAUGAAACUUGUAAAUCAUAAAAAUAUUAUUGGUUUAUUGAACGCUUUUACGCCUCAGCGUAAUUUGGAGGAGUUUCAGGAUGUAUAUCUUGUAAUGGAAUUAAUGGACGCUAAUCUUUGUCAAGUCAUUCAAAUGGAUUUAGAUCACGACAGAAUGUCUUAUUUGCUUUAUCAAAUGCUGUGUGGAAUAAAACAUUUGCAUUCCGCGGGAAUUAUACACAGAGAUUUAAAACCAUCCAACAUAGUAGUUAAGGCAGACUGCACAUUGAAAAUUCUAGACUUUGGUCUGGCGCGUACGGCUGGCACAACUUUCAUGAUGACCCCUUAUGUGGUAACUCGUUAUUACAGAGCACCUGAGGUAAUUUUAGGUAUGGGAUACACUGAAAAUGUUGACAUUUGGUCAGUUGGAUGUAUAAUGGGCGAAAUGAUAAGGGGUGGAGUCCUUUUCCCUGGAAGUGAUCAUAUUGAUCAGUGGAAUAAGAUUAUAGAACAAUUGGGCACUCCGUCCCCAUCGUUUAUGCAACGCUUGCAACCAACUGUGCGAAACUAUGUUGAAAACCGACCAAGGUACACUGGAUAUUCCUUCGAUAGACUUUUUCCCGAUGCCCUAUUUCCUAAUGAUAAUAAUCAGAACAGUCGAAGAAAAGCUUCAGAGGCCAGGGACCUACUGAGUAAAAUGCUAGUUAUUGACCCAGAGCAAAGGAUCUCUGUUGAUAAAGCUUUAAAGCACGAAUACAUAAACGUUUGGUAUGAUGCUGAAGAAGUUGAUGCUCCUGCCCCGGAGCCAUACGAUCACAGUGUCGAUGAGAGGGAGCACACUGUGGAGCAAUGGAAGGAACUUAUUUAUGAAGAGGUUAUGGAUUACGAAGCACACAAUAAUAGAACACGAUAGAAGAGUAAGAGUAAUUCCUCAGCGUAAUGUGUAUGCUAUAGUUUAUCAGCAAUGCUUAAUGUAUAAUAUAUAAAACUUACUUAUGAUAAACUACUAUAAAUACAUAAUUGUAUUGAAACAUAUAUUAAAUUCUCUAAAACACGUU